AUGGAAGCAUACACAAAGCUUGUAAUUGUGGCAGUGGUUCUAGGUUUGGCGAUUGGGUCCGAUGCCUUUGCGGUGGAGAAGAAGAGUGAUACUGAGGGCAUUUGUGGUAUGACCAAGGAAGGUCUCACGGCGUGUGCGCCAUUUGUCACCACCCAGAGCACCGCGCCUCCUUCGCCGGAGUGUUGCUCGGCGCUAUCCAAGGCUAACUUCCAAUGCUUCUGCGCGUUCAAGAAUUCCGGGUUGUUAGGUUUUUAUGGGAUAGACUUCAACCAAGCCAUGCAGCUUCCUACUAAAUGCAAGCUCCCCAACUCUUCCCAUUGCUAA